AUGCUGCUCCGGGUGUUGCUACUUGCUGUGGGUUUGCUGUGGCGAUGUAACGGCAUCCCGUACGGAGAAGCCGACGUUGAGCUAGACGAAGAGACCGAGUCCGUUUCGCUGUCGGCGUGCUACGUGGAGGAUCUGCGUAACAUUCGUGAGCACAACCAGAACCCGCUGACGAUUGAGAUCAAUCACUGCUACCUGCAGGAACUACCGAACGCGAUCUUCAUCCGCUUUAACGAUCUCCGGACGCUCGAGAUCUGUGACAGUCGCGUCAACAACCUGCAGGACUUUGCGCUGAAUGGGUUGCGGAACAUUGAGACACUUAAUCUGUCCCGAAACAACCUCACCUCGGUGAAGUCGUGGAGCGAUCACAAUCUCGACACGCUUCAGGUGCUCGAUCUGCGGCGAAAUCUAAUUCGCACGAUCGACGAGUUCUCGUUGCACCGGUACCCGUCGCUGGUGAAGCUUAACCUGGCGGUCAAUUUCAUCGCCAACAUUCCCGAGGGCACAUUCAAGCCGGUGGCACAGCUUAAGUAUCUCAAUCUUGGCAAGAACCAGCUCACCAGCAUCGGUGAGAGCAUGCUUCGAGGGUUGACGAAGCUGACACAUGUAGCCUUUCAUCACAACCGCAUCCGAACGGUAAACCCGUUCGCGUUCAUCGGAAACGGUCACCUGAAGGUGGUACAACUGCAGGACAAUCAGCUCAGUGUUCUCGCACCUGAUUUGCUCGGAAGUCUGCCACGAUUGGCGUUCUUCAACAUCAGCAACAACGAGCUGGAAACGAUCGGCAAUCUGAGCUUCAAGAACAACGGCGAUCUGCGGGUGUUGGAUCUAAGCUAUAAUCAGAUCGAGCAACUAGAGGACUACAGCCUCAAGGGGCUGUACGAUCUGGAGGCGCUCAACAUCAGCCACAACCGGCUGGCAACGGUCGGCAAAUAUGUGCUAAAGGAUUGCGCUAAUCUUCACGAUCUCGAUCUCUCCGGGAAUGCGCUGGAGUACGUGGGGCUGAAGCUGUCCAGCAUCACACCACAGCUGGUGCGGCUCAACCUGUCCGACAACGCCAUUGCCGAUAUCGAACGGGACGUGUUUGAGGACCUGCAAAAACUGCACACACUCGAUCUGUCACGGAAUCAGCUCACCGAAGAUGGCUUUCUGUGGUCGCUUACGCACCUUAGCGUGCUUAACAUGAGCUGGAAUGGGUUCCACAAGUUGAACGCAUCGCUGCUCGAGGGACUCGCUCUCGUCGAGCUCCACGACAACCCCUGGGAGUGCCGGUUCCUGGUGCAAGAGCUAGCGCACCACAGCAAGAACGUGAUCUACGGCAAGAACUACCUCGUGCAGGACACUGGCCACAUCCUGACGGUGACUGGCAUUGAGUGUACGGAUGAGCAUGGCAAGAACCGCGAUAUCGUGGUGGUUGAACCUCCACCGAAGCCCGUCGAUAGUGAAAAGGAGUUGAACCAAUACCGGUUCUUCCAUGAAGGACACGUCGACACACGCCCCAUCCAGGAUAACUUCGACACCAAAUCGACCGUGAUCUGGCUGAUGUCGGGAGCGAUCGCGGUGUUCGGUGCGUUCAAGCUGAUCCAACUGCUGCUGCGGCACUCGGAACACCAGAGCGAGAAAUGGCGCCUUGAUCAGCACCUCGAGUACAACACGCCGGAAGAGUACGACCCAGGAACCACCAUCGGGAAAGUGAUGGAGGCGAACGGAACGCGAACGAUAAAUGAGUACGAUGGAAUGAAAUAAUUAUUGACGUGGAGGGGUCGGGGAAAAGAACAAACGCGACCCAAACGGGAAUCCUGCUGCGAGGGGAGACCACCCGACGGACGAAACGAAAGUUGUUUCCUCGCUCCUGAAGCUAAUUAAAGUGCUGUCCUUUCGCAUCUCUCUGUGCCGGUAAAGUAGGCAGAACGCAAUAAUAAAACAAAGCAAAA